AUGUCCUCAACAGAGGUUUCGCCCACGCAAGUCCCCGACACCGUCGCAGUUGAAUCUCCCUUAGCCACGCCAUCCAUUUCGCCUCUAGCCUUACAGACCAGCAACAGCAACGAGAGCGAUUAUAUCAACGCCGUCUCGUCCCCACGCCUCGACCCGAUCAUCGAAAACGUCAAAGCCGAACAUAUCCAGCUGCAGAGUCGCUCGCGGGUUGGUUCAGUGUCCAGCAUAUCCUUCAAGACCACUGGGCUGCAGCACCCCACGGCGGCCAGCGAGGUGAAGCCCAAGAGGCGGUCGGUGGUGAGAGAGGUGUCGCCCCCAGCUGCUCCGUAA